UCGUAUUGUCCUUCAGUACUCUAAAUUUAUUAUUUCUUUAUUUAUUUGUAUUUACUUGUUACAAAAUGGUGAAAGCCUGGUAUAUGGACGACGAUAAGAAUGAUCAGCGCGCAGAACAUCACAGGAACCCGCCUCAGUUUGUAUCUCUCGAUGAAUUGUAUAAGAAAACUGGUGUUGAAUACUUUAGCCUAAAUGUCGAUACACAUGAGACUGAUGGAGUCCUAGACAAGAUAAAGAAGGACCGCGGAUACACCUACGAGGACAGGAUGGAGGCAUCAAAGGCAACUCUGCCCAACUAUGAGGAAAAACUAGUCGCCUUCUACACUGAGCACUUGCAUACUGAUGAAGAGAUAAGGUUUGUGCUGGAUGGCUCUGGCUACUUUGACGUACGUGACCGUGACGACCAGUGGAUCCGCAUCGAAGUCACCCCAGGGGACAUGCUGGUGCUCCCCAGUGGUAUCUACCACCGCUUCACUCUUGACUUCAAUAACUACAUAAAGGUGAAGAGGUUCUUCAUCGGUGAGCCGGUGUGGGCGGCGCACAACCGCCCCUCCGACCACAUGGACGCGCGCAAGGAAUAUGUGGAGAAGCUUACCGAGGGAUUCGUGGCCGCUUGCUAAAUGGGUUUCACAUUCCGAUAUAUUUCGAAAUAUUUAGAUCACUACGGUUACACUCAUUAAUAUUUUGAGUCGCUUUUGGCGACAUGUUUCGGACUCGUCGGGAGUCCUUCCACCGGCUAGAGUGCCCGCGGCGGCUUGCACUCAACAUGUCGCCAAAAGCGACUAAAAAUAUUUUGAGAUAUGUCUCACGAUAGUUUAAUUCCGAUAUAUUUCGAGUUACAAAACUUCCGUCAGAACAGACAUAGGUACUAUAUAUUGUUUGGCAAGCCAUUUCCGUCAAGACGAAAAUUUUUAAAAAUGUAGGCGCGAAAGGAUAUCUUCCCAUAGAAAAGUUGAAUUUCACGCCUUUUUCUACUCUCAAAGUGGGUUUGCCAGAGUAUAUAUUAAAACGGGUUGAAAACGGGGCUAGUUUCUCGCCUGCUAUAGAAUAUAAUUAAGUUUUAAGCUGAAGUUAUCAUACCGAAUACUGUUUCUUAUCUUUAUCAGAAUAAAAAAGUACAUCACGUAACCAAUGGUGAAAUGCUCAUUUUGAAGAAAAAAAGUAAUGAAUUGAAUGAUUAAAAAGUGUUACAUUUUUUUCUACUCGUUUAGGCGGCUACCUAACCGUUCUAUAACUCACCAACGGAGCGGCAGCUGACGUUGACCAAUUCUGAGAUAUUCCGUAAUCAUAAGCAGCAGGUAUAUUUGCAAUGUUUAAUUUAAGAGUCCCCAGCAAGCUCGGCCGAAUUUCACCUUCCCAUACAAACGGAAUUUCGUUCUCAUUUUAAAACUACGUGUGCGUGUGUGUGUGUGUGUGUGUGUGUGCUACGUGUACGUCUGUGUAAGGAAACUUUGAACAUACAAUGAAAUGAGGUAUAUCUCUAGACCGGUAAUAAGUUUAUAUAGCUGCAGUUUAUAAAACAAAAUAAAUGGAGCAAAAACAAGUUUUGUAUGAAAAACUUAAAUUCGCUGUAUUUAACUAUGGUAUCUGAAGGUCUGUAUGUAGAUACACUAAUUACAGACCUAGAUACACCUUAUCCUAUUGGAAGUACAAAGUAUCAGAGCAAUCUAGCUAGUCGUUUAAAAAUGAGAGCGUAACUACGUUUGUAUGAAGAACCGAGCUUUCCUGGGACUUUAUUCUUAUAUUGAGUUUUAUUAUUAAACCAUUAUGGCCAUAAAACGUGAUCGAUAUUGCCUUGCUGUUUUGUAUAAAAGAACUACUUUUAAAACUAUCAUAACAUGACAUAUCGCAAUAUUUAGAUAUUAAGUAAAGGAAAAACACACUUGAUAAAACAGAAUUUGCUCAACAUCAUUGUUGAGUUUUUGAAUGUAAAUAAAUAUAUGUAAUAUUGUUACGCUAUUUUAUAUGAAU